AAACUAACAAAGUUUUCUGAAUCUCAUUGAUAUUUUUGCUUUUGGCUGGAAUAAAACUUGUCUUGUGAAGUUUCCUGUACGUUAUUAACAGUAAGACAAAAUGCGUGGAAUUUGAUUAUUCAAAUGUAAAGACUCUUUUAAGUCUUUGCAUUUUAACGUGAAGAACACUUGGUAGUAGAAAGACUAGUAAUAGUGAGUCAGUCAAGCUGUGUUGGAUUUAUUAUCUUUGUGGAAUAGAAUGUGUUAUUAUUAUUAUGUUCUUUUUCAAUGUAUAUAAGACUAUUGAAAAUGGUGGAGUGGAGCCUAAUAUGCUGGCUUUCAUUGAGGAUGUUUAUAAAAGUAAAAAAACUGGCAAGAUUGUCUACAAGAAGGCUAAGAGGAUUGUGGAGACUUUAAAAGAGCAGGUGAAUGACCUCCAAUCUGAAGAGACACUUGAAGAUGGACCGGUUCAAUCUAAAGAGCUCUCUUGUUCUGAGAUCAACGAUUUGGUUCGUAAGGCAAUACCCAAAAAGAAAGGACACCGAUUUGGAUUUGGAUCUCUUCCAGACCAUGAAGAGUUAAAUGCUCCCUUCUUACCCACCUUGGAUAAUGACAAGAAGUUAGAAGAAGCUUACACCCAGAUUUCUGAGUUAGUUAAGGAGAAAGAGGAAAAUACCAAGACAAUCCAAUACCUGAAGGAUGUCACUGAGAAGCUUCUCAACAAGUUUCCGGACUGUCGUCCACCUGAAGAUGAAGAUGAUGAUGAAACUCAAAAUUAGAGAUGAGUGUUUUAACUUGCUAGUUUUUUGUGGUAGGAUGUCCAAAAAAAGGACUAACGGUUAAUGUAAGAAUCUAUUAAUGUGGUUUUAGUGACAAUAACUUAUUUCUACAUU